AUAUGUAUUCAUUUACAAUCUGACGUAAUAAAUAUUUGUAGUAAAUCCAGGUUACAAAAUUUCUUACGCGGUUAAUGUCUAUUUAUAAAUGUCUACCAGCACGUUAUAUUUUGGCCGUUUUGGGUUCAAUAGGUAUGGCCAUUAUUUAUGGCUUGAAAGUAAAUCUUAGUGUUGCUAUGGUUGCUAUGUUAAAUCACACUGCUGUUGGCCAUGGUUCUCAUGGUGGAGAUCAUGGUGGAAAUGUUAGUGCAGCUUCGCCAGAAUAUGAAGUUUGUCAACCACCUGGUGGUGCUACAAAUGAAACCACAAAGGUUGAGGAUGGUCCCUUUAUCUGGAGUGAACCAUUGCAGGGUACCUUGCUCAGUUGCUAUUUCUGGGGUUACUUGGUAUCACAAAUUCCCAUGGCUCGUGUAGCUGAAAACUUCUCCGCCAAAUGGGUUAUGUUAUUCUCAGUGGCCAUUAAUGUUAUUUGUACACUCUUGACUCCCGUUAUGACUGAAUUGCAUUAUGUUGGUUUGAUUAUUAUGCGUGUGUUGGAGGGUAUUGGUGGUGGUGCCACUUUCCCUGCUAUGCAUUGUAUGAUUGCUGCCUGGUCUCCACCCAAUGAAAGAUCUGUCAUGUCCACCAUUAUUUAUGUGGGUACAUCUUUCGGUACUGCUAUUUCUAUACUGUUAGCUGGUGUCUUGUCUGGCAAUUUUGGUUGGGAAUCUGUCUUCUAUGUCAUGGGUGGUCUCAGUUGUUUAUGGAUGUUGUUGUGGACUGUGUUGGUGGCAGAUAAUCCCAAUAAACAAAGAUUUAUCAGUAUGGAGGAAAGAGAUAUGAUUAACUCUUCAUUGGGUCAGACGUCCGUUAAGGAAGAACAUCCCCCCGUACCAUGGAAGAAGGUAUUGACUUCGGUUCCUUUCUGGGCUAUUUUGAUUGCUCAUUGCUGCAGCAACUGGGGCUGGUACAUGUUCUUGAUUGAGAUUCCCUUCUAUAUGAAACAAGUGUUGGCCUUUAAUGUCUCUAGCAAUGCUGUUGCCAGUGCUAUGCCCUAUUUCCCCAUGUUGAUUUUCAGUAUUAUUUUGGGUAAAACUCUCGAUACACUCAAAGCUAAACAAAAAAUUACUACCACUAUUGCUCGUAAAACUGCCACUUCUAUUUGCACCAUCAUUCCCAUUAUUUGUCUAUUGAGUUUGUGCUACAUUGGCUGCAAACACACUGCUGCUGUUAUUAUCAUGACCAUUGGCAUUAUUGCCAUGGGUGGCAUGUUCUCUGGUUUCUUGUCCAAUCACAUUGAUAUUGCUCCUAAUUAUGCCGGUACUUUGGUGGCUAUCACCAAUACCGCAGCUACCUUACCCGGUAUUAUUGUGCCCUUGUUUGUUGGUUUCAUUACCAAAGGAAAUCAAAACAUUGGGGCCUGGCGUAUUAUUUUCUUUGUAACCAUUGUCUUAUUCAUUAUUGAAUUCUUGGUAUUUGUCAUUUUUGGCUCGGGCGAAGAACAACCUUGGAAUAAAAUGGCCCAAAAAUCUGAUCCCGAACAAGCGCAACAAGAUGAAAAUACUCCCUUAAAAGGCAUGAAUAAAACUACUAAUGCUUCUUAAGUCUAGCGAGCAAGUAAAGCAACAAAAUGUACAACUAUUUUAUCCUUUGAAGGAUUUAAACAAAAAAAAUUAAGAUUAUAAGUUUAAAUUAAAUGUAUAAAUUGUAUAAGUUUUAAGUUCGUUAAAUUACUUUUAUACUUCUUUUUCUUGUUUUUAACAAUUAAAAGUAUGUUAAAUUCUCUUUUUUUCAUUGUGUACUUUUAUAAAUGUUACAAAAAAGAAACUACCUCUGAAUUUAUAUAGAAAAAUAUAUACCUAAUACUACCUAUUAUUAUUAUACACCUAUAAUAACACAUACAAACUAUCUCCGCCGCCUUUGUACUUACAAAAAAAAAAUCAUUUGCAUUAUCACUAUCAAUUUUAUUAUUGAAUGAUAAAAAAUAAUUAAGCGUAGUCUUACCUAAAAAAUACUUAAUUACAUUUAAUGAUAAUUACAACAAAACAUACUAUUAUUUUUUAUGUACAACAACAAAUAUAUAUAUAUAAUUCAAAUGUCUCUAUUGUAUGUUAUAAAUAUUGAGAGAAUUUAAAAGAAAAAUAUAUAGGAAUGACAAAUUAAAAAAA